AAACCCUUAAACCAUUUGAUCCAAAAAUCACAAUUGCUCGAUCUUACAUUUUGUCUGUCGCAUUCCUCCUUGUUUGUUGAUCGAAUUAAAGAGAUUCGUCAAAACGGGUCUGCCGCUGUGGUUGCUUGGGUUCGGCGCGGAUCACUUGCGAGCCGACAUGAAUCGGUUACUUGCCUUGUUAUUCCACCAGGGAGUCUUGGAUGAGCAGUUCUUACAGCUCCAGCAGCUCCAAGACGAGACCUCUCCAAACUUUGUCUCUGAGGUCGUCAACAUCUUCUUUAAUGAAUCUGAAAAGCUCUUGAGGAAUCUUAGAGGGCUACUGUCGGAUAGAGAGUUCUCAGACUACAAGAAGAUGGGAAUCCAUCUGAACCAGUUCAUGGGGAGUAGUUCCAGCAUUGGAGCCAAGAGCGUCAGAAACAUAUGCGUUGCCUUUCGCGCUGCUUCCGAGCAAAACAACAGAGCUGGAUGCUUGCGAGCUUUGGAGUUGUUGGAGCAUGAGUACUGCUAUCUCAAGAAUAGAUUGCACGAACUGUUCCAAAUAGAGCAGCAACGCGUGAUGGCAGCUGGAGUUCGGUAUCCCAUGCAGAACUGAGACGAGUCGAUUCUGGUGGAUAAGGCUUGAGGGUUGCGGAAUCUAUUAAU